UGUGAGAUUCAGAAGACUAUUUUCACCUAAUCGUCGGACAACAACAAGUGGAUUACAUUAUCUUCGUGAUUUUACAUCCUAAAAAUUGUUUAAAAGUCUCGAUUUUUGACGCACUCUGUCUGGAAAGACUGAGAAUUCACCGGAAAAUGGAACCCGAAUUCGACGCUACAGGACGCCGUGCAAGCAUGGUCAAGAGUUUUGACCAGCAUUUCGUCGGUUAUGUAGCAGACGUGCCAAAAUCUGGACAACCUGACUCCGAUGUAAAAGAUAUUGCAAGUAGUAACCAGGAGUACAUUCAUUUCCUCAGGGAACGAGAUGAACUAAAGCAAGCGCUGCAGCAGAAAGUGAUGGAAUAUGGGAAUGCACAGGGGAAAAAUUUUGAACUUGUGAAGAAAGUUGAUCUUCUUGAAACUGAGAUAAAGCAACUAAAAUCUGCCAAGGGUUUUAAACUAUUGAAUGCGCCAGCGAACGAGGUCUCUACCAGCAGAACAAGUCUACGUGCAGGUUCUCCUUCGCGAGGUUCUCCAAAAACAAAACGAAAGGGAGCAAGAACAGUCAAGAAAAGUGGAAAAUCCACUGGAUCGAAUGCUAAUUGCACCGAAUCGACAGGAUUCUUGAGACAUCCCGUUAUACCAGGCAAAGAGGCUUUGUCAGAGGUCACAUAUGAAUAUUACACGGAAAUCUCGGCCUCUUUCCCAGACCUGAGAAUCUCCCUCCUUCUAAGUUGUGAACGGAAAUUUGUCGCUGCUGACAAAGACAACAAUGGCUCAAUAGACGUUGAUGAGCUAGAUGCCAUCCUGACCAACAGUAAGAUGAUGUUUACGAAGAAGCAGGUUCAGGACAUCAUAAAAAGUCUCGAUACAGAUGACACCGGAUCUCUGGAUUUCAUGGAAGUAUUAACGGUAGUCGACCGUCUAUCAAAGAACAAGAACGCCAAGCUACCGUCUGCUUUGGAACAGAACAAGUCUGCCAUCUGUGUAGUACAGUGACAGAU